GUUUAGAGGAAGACAAGCGCGGUAGCUUACUCGGGUAGGCGUGUUCUCGGGGGGCACCCUUUAACUCGGGACGGGACGUCCUGCGCCCUGCACACUUCUCACAGUAGACCGCACUUGUUGCAGUCCUGGAUGUGCAGGCCGGCUUCAAGCUGAAUGCGUGGUCCUUCGGCCACAGACCCGGGCUCGAUCAGUCUUAGGACGGAGACCUGUUUCUCGCCAGAGGAUGGAUCGGUACCAAGUAGCUGCCCUGGUCGUGGGUCUUGUACUGGUGCUGGAGACGACUUGUUUUCACUCACUCGCGGUGUUCCUCCCGGUACCCCCCAAGGGCAGCAAGGGGACCAAGCUGUUCGACGAACAGGACGCGUCCAAGUAUUUCAAGGAGUUCUACACGUCGCCGUCAAGUGAGAAGCACAACAAGGCUAUCUCCAAAGACCUGGUUGAGCCCCACGACUACAUGCUCUCCAUCUAUAAGACCUUCUCCACGGCCGAGAAGCUGGGGCUCAACGCGAGUUUCUUUCGAUCGUCAAAAGCCGCCAACACAAUCGCCAGCUUUGUCGACAACGGGCAAGACCAGCUCCCCCUCGCCCCGCUGAAGCGGCAGCGGUACGAGUUCGACGUGUCCACGCUGUCGGACCGCGCCGAGGUGUUGGGGGCGGAGCUCCGCAUCUACACCAAGGUCUCGGGGACCCUCCGGACGCUGGACACGGCCGGGCCCGUGGAGCUCCAGCUGAGGUCCUGCUCCGACCAGCAGCUCCUGGACUCCCGGACCCUGGACCUGCAGGACCCCCAGGACCGGCCCAAGUGGGAGGUGCUGGACGUGUGGGAGGUGUUCCGGGAGCGCGGCCGCCACGCGCCGCAGUUCUGCCUGGAGCUGGCGGCCGUGCUGGACAACCCCGAGCGAGAGCUGGACCUGCGGCUGCUGGGCUACCACCGGCAGGGCCGGCCGCAGCAGAAGAAGGCCAUCCUGGUGGUCUUCACCCGCUCCCGCCGCCGGCAGACCCUGUUCAGCGAGCGGCGGGAGGGGAUGGCCCUGGUGGGGCACAAGAGGAGGGGCGGGGGUGGCGGGGGUGGUGGGGGCGGUGGGCGAGGGAGGGGGCGGGAGAGGGCGGGAAGGGCGAAAGCCAACAGGAAGCGACGGACCACGGUGGUGGCGGCCGCGAUGUCCUCCUCGUCGUCGUCAUCGUCGGCGGCGGCGGCGGCGGCGGCGACCGCCAAGAACCGCCACGGCAAGCGGCACGGCAGGAAGUCGAAGACGCGCUGCGGCAAGCGGCCGCUGCACGUCAACUUCCGGCAGCUGGGCUGGGACGACUGGAUCAUCGCGCCGCUGGACUACGAGGCGCACCACUGCGAGGGCGUGUGCGAGUUCCCGCUGCGCGCCCACCUGGAGCCCACCAACCACGCCAUCAUCCAGACCCUCAUGAACUCCAUGGGGCCCGGGGACAUGCCCCCGUCCUGCUGCGCCCCCACCCAGCUCAGCCCCAUCAGCAUCCUGUACAUCGACUCGGGCAACAACGUGGUGUACAAGCAGUACGAGGACAUGGUGGUGGAGUCCUGCGGGUGCAGGUAG